AUGACUCAUCCUCCAGUGGUCCGUGGAAUCUUCUCGUUAGGUCUUUCUGUUGCGGUUUUAAAAGGUGUCCAAAAAACAGUUCGUAAACAUUUGGAAAAGCAGGGUUGGAUAGAACCUCAGGAAGUGGACUAUGAGUUGAUUUUUACUAUAGAUAGGUUGAAAAACUUAAUAGAUGAUAAGCAUAAUCCUUUAACUGCCGUACAGCAAGAUAUCAGUGAAUUGAGCUGGCGAAAAGUACUCAAUUUUAUCUCAAGACAAUUUAGCGAGCUGGACACACGAAUAUAUGUUCUUAUACUACUUCUAUCUCUUCUAGUUCCUAUUGUAUGGAGUGUUCUCGAUGGCGAUCAUGAAGGUGCACUAGAGGACAACGACAAUGAUAUUAACGUGGAUAUUAUUGAAAACGAAAGAAGGCUGAAGCACUACAACGAUGGUGAAAGGGCAGUAUUGCAAUUUGGUAAAAAUAGGUCCGAACCUAUUAUACUGAGCUACAAGAAUAUGAAUGUCUUAGAAGGAGAGCAUGAGUUUACCAACAAGAAAGACCAUGAUGCCAGCCAUUUAACAAGCAAGAGCGAAAAUGCACUGGAUAAGGCAGAGAGUAAAGAUGUUUUUGAUGAUCAUCCAGAACAACAACCCAAAGUAGACAUAAAAUGCGAUAAGAACGACUUGAGCGAAGAAGAAAAUGGUGAGGACAGUGAUAACAAGGAGGAAGACCACUCCUCUAGUUUGGAAUUAGAGUCACAGAGUGAAUCCAAAGUAGAGAGUACUGCAGAGCCUGAUGUUCUCUCAAGGGAUACCCGAACAACUUCUUCCCUCAAGUCAAGUACCUCGUUCCCAGUAUCAUUCAAGGGCUCAAUAGACCUCAGAUCCUUGAAUCCACCUUCAUCUUUGUUGCACCUACAGGUAUCGCCCACAAAAUCUACUAAUUUGGAUGCCCAGGUGAACACUGAACAAGCAUACUCUCAACCAUUCAGGUACUGA